UCCGUCACCCGUGACCGUGGCUCGGCCUCCGGGGGGCGGAUCAGUGGAGCAGGUGCAAGCGCCGCCUUCACGCGCUGCUCACUCACUGCGGCGCGCUGCGCGUACUCCACCGCUGCGCUGGCGCCGGAUGGACGCGAUGGAUUUACUCCUGCAUUAGAUACACGGCAAACACGUUUUUACUCAGUUUUAAGGUAUGAGCCAUGAGCCCAAGUCCCCAUCAUUCGAAAUGAUCUCCGCAGCACCAUGCACAAUGGCGACUGUAAGCCCCCUGACCCCUUCACCCAGCGGAGCAAUGGGAGCCAACGGAAGCCCCGCGUCUCAGUCCGCACACUCCGGAUUCGCUGCCGCUCUCCGUAAGCUGGCUAAACAAGCCGAAGAUCCAAGAGGUUCAAUUAGUGGCGAGUCAUCGCAUGUCUCUUCCCCGGUGACCAAUCACAUUUCUCCGAUCAGUACGCCGAAGCGUGUUUCAAUGGGUACAAGCCUGGGCCCUCCCACCGGUACCCCGCCUGUGGUCACCAUCGCCCCGACUAAAACCGUCAACGGUUUCUGGAGAUCCGAAGGCCGUCAGGCCGAAACAGGAUUGAGAGGUUCAGGUCAAGAGCGUUUGCCCCCAGAGCGGCCUCUACCAGCCCAGGAGAAGACCUCCCUGUCUAUCCCUCCGUACCUGGGGACCACCCAUCCUUUCAGCAUGACCUCGAGUCCUCUCAUGCAAGACCCUCGUCUACAAACACACCUUCCGCGGCAGGUUCCUCAUAUGUUGCUAGCAGGAGCUCGGGACGAGUAUCUUCGUGAUGGGUUUCGUCCGUACGCCUCGGCAGAGGAGAUGCGUAUGCCUGUGCUUCCGCUAGGGCUCGGUCCGGGGGCUGCGGCCAAUGCUCUUGCGUACUUUCACUCAGGAUAUUUACCGCACCCUUCACUUGCUUCGUACAGGAUGGAAGACUACUACAAUCUAUCUGCCCUCCGCUCGUAUUACCAUCAGCUUCCAGAAGGGGGAGCCCUGCCAGCCUUGCACCCCUCUACUGUUCACCUGCCAGUGCCGGGCGUCUUUUACCCUGGUGACAUCGCACACCAGUCGCUCUCAGCCCUACACUCGGAGAGGCUGCAGAUGGAAGAAGAUCUUCGCCAGCAGGAGAGAGAAAGGGAACGAGAUAAAGAGAGAACGCGUGAAAUCGAACGGGAGCGGCAGUGGGAGCGCGAGGUGCAGAGGGACAAGGAGAGAGAGAGAGAGACCGGACGAGAGAUCGAGAUUAAAAAAGAGAGGGCGAGAGAGAUCCAGGCAGUCAAGGCGAUGGAGAGUCGCCACCUGAGCCACGAGCCCCACGCGAACCAACGCUCAAUCUCUCACGGGAACUCUCACUCGCUGUCUCAUCCGUAUUCGCACCGGCAGCCGGUGAAGGACAGAGCCAAGCUGGAGGACAGACUCGCUGGUAAUAAAACGGACAAAGCCAAAGAAACGUCAUUGCUCAUGCAUCAGCCUGGUCCAUACCCAUCCUCAGGAGGUCCACCUUCCAUCUCCGCCUCAGGGGUCCAGUUUGGAUCAGGUUCUGGAAAAGCCCAUCAGUCCAUGGUAACUCCCAUGAGGCCUCAGCGACAUGAAGAAGAGGACAGGUGGCUGGCCAGACCGAGACCUCUUAAGGUGGAGAAGUUGGAUCGACAGGUGCCGUCAGAGUUUCAUCAGCAAGGGAAGGAGAAGCAUUUGGAUCUCAGUCGGCCCACAGAACCAACAGAACCACACAGAGAACUACAAAGGUACGGCACACACUAUAAUGACGUAGGUGUCCGAGACCUACCUCCACCACUGGGGGCACCACCACCUCUAAUAUCCCCGAAACCUCCGCCUCGAGACCACCGCCCAUCCCCUCCCACUGCCAGUACUCUUUGGAACCCCGUAUCCCUUAUCAGCUCCGAUCGGCCCCUGUCCCACAUCCAUCCCUUCUCAGCCCAUAACAAACCGAAACCCCCCGAAGAUGAGCCCAGGCAGCAAAGCGGCUCCGAAAAGAACUCAUCCAUGCAGGUGAACAAUCUCAUUGAUUCUGGUAAAUACCUGGCAGAGCUGGAGAAGUCCACCAGAAGCUUUUUGAGCCAUCAGAGGACCUUCUUCUCUCAAUCUGGACCUGGAGACCACAGGCAAACCCAAGGGCCAGGUUCUCAAGGGCCGGCGGUGGAAAGGUCAGACCCUAUGAUGGUGUAUGACCAGGCUCUUCAUCAGCACAGGAGGCUGGUCAGCAAGCUAGACAUGGAGGAAAGAAAACGCAGAGAAGCUAGAGAAAAAGGUUAUUAUUAUGAAUUGGAUGACUCCUACGAUGAGAGUGAUGAAGAAGAGGUUCGAUCCCACCUGCGAAGAGUUGCUCAGCAACCUCCUCUUAAACUGGAUGCAUCUAAAGAGAAAAUGGAGUUUCUGAAUUCGUUUGGACUGGCCACUCUCUCCAAGCGAGAUGAGCUCCUGGAGAAGAAGAGGAAGAGGAGACGAAGACUCAUGCAGGAGAGAAGCCCAUCGCCUCCAUCGGUGCAGAACAAAAGGAAGACCCCCUCUCCUCCCCAGCCUCCGCUCACCACACGUUUCACUCCUGAGGAGAUGGACAACACUGCUGAACUUGAGGACAAGAAACAGUUCCUCAGCAUGUUUAGCCUGAACCACAUUAGCGUGGAGGAGAGAAGAGAAAAUGAGAAGAUCGUAACCUUGCUGGAAGCUAUUAAGCAGAAAAACGUAACGCUGGACACAAUGAGAUACGCUUCCGAUACAUCCUGUUCCAGCCCAUCAGCUUCUUCACCCAGUCAGUCAACUAGUAAUGGUCAUCCUGAACUCGUGAAUCGUUCACCUGACAAACUUCGACUUGAGGACCCUCCACCGCUUGCCCCUCUUAAUGCUCAAAACCAAUCCAAGGAGGCGUCCCCCAUCAGAAGGGUUCCAAGCCUGCAGGCCAGCGCUCUCCCGCCCCUCGCCCGACCGAAGGAUCACCCUUCUGGGCUGAAUGGUGUGAAUGGCAGCCUCAGGAUGUGGGAGAACAUAAACCCAGAGGAGUUUGCUCAGCACUUUCAUCAGUCUGUACUGCAGUCCACUCAAAUACCACAACAGAAACAGAAAGCAGGUGCCAAUGUAGGUGCCAAUGAGCAGUUUGACAAUGCAACACAUCCGCCUCCAGGCCUCCAGAGGGCAGUCAACAAGCUUCCUCAAACGCACACCAAUGGCCACUCCAGCCAUAUGCCAACCCGCCAUGAAUCUCCAGGUGUGAGGCAGGACCUUUCAGCCGAAGAGGGUGUCAGUACAGAUGAGGAUGAUGAAGAGGAGUCUUUCAGUCCCAAGUGGAAAGGAAUUGAAGCGAUAUUUGAAGCAUAUGAGGAGUAUAUGGAAGAGAGAGGUUUGGAGAAUCAGGUUCUUCAAAGCGAGUGUAGACGACUAGAGACGCAGCAUUACAAUCUCACGCUGACAGCCGAGCAGCUUUCUCAGAGCAUGAGGGAUCUGAUGGCACAAAAGCACAAUCUGGCACUAAAGAGAGAUCGCAUGCAGGCCGAAUUAGAGCACUUGAAAAAAUCCUUGGCAAUGCCCCUGUUUCAUUGGCACAGGGGCUACUACAAGGGACCCUCACCCAGGUGACCUUCCUAAAUUAUGAUGGACCACUGAAACUGAUUGACAGUGAGGAUGAGGAAGAAUAUGUACAAGACAAAGCUAUUGGUGAUUGUCUGGUGCCAGUGUUUGAUGCCUCACUGUGAUGUUCUGCACUUGAAACUCUACCACCAGAAACAGGAUCAUCUGACUUUAAACUAAACAGCCACCUGAGGACCAUAAAUAUCCAUUACUUGACUCAUACAAGUCUGACAGAGGAUGUUAAAAGACCAAUGCCAAUAUAAAUGAAGAAAUAAUUGCAUUUGGUGGCAUCGCCUGCUUACAUGCAAUUCUCUCAUACCCUAUGGAAGGGAUGAGUAGCUAAUAUGUUUUUCCAUAUAUAUUCACUUAAAAUAUUUUAAUAUUUAUACAGUUUCUUAAAGGAAUGUGAUUGUGUAAAACAUUGUCAAAAUCACAUUUUAUGUUUUUAUUUUAAUGUUUAAUUAUAAAAGGCCUGUAUUUGGAAAUUAAAUAAUGCUUUUUUUGUGAAAGGGGAAAUGGGGUACUGCUGGUCAGAAUGUUGAAAAUAUGUGGAGGAAUAUUUGGGUUUGUUACGUUGGAAAUAUUACAACCAUUUGGUUUAAUCUAUUAAUAAGGAUGUUGUCUAGCACUAUUUACCAGUUUUUUUAUUCACUUUAGCAUUAAUCACAACUAAAGUUUAAUCCCAUGAAUACAGAAAUAGGCACUAAAAUAAACAUGGGGUAACACUGUAUAAUAACUAUUAUAACAUAGAUGUUAAUGUAUUUUAAUGUAAUAAUGCUUGUUACACUUUUUUAUGAAAAUUAUUAUCUUUAUGUAUUUGUUAUUUGGCCAAGAUUAUUAUACUGUCAGCCUAGCUGCCAUAGAUACAGGUUGUGCAUUUGUAUACUUGGAUAUUAGUGCCACAAAACAUUUUCUCCAGCAGCACCUACUGUAAAAACCCAAAAGAGCCCAAACAAACUAUUUAUAAUUCAACUUCAUCAUGAAAUGUUGAAAUGUCCAAUGCCACAGGUGAAGAACACAAUGAAUUUCCACUUUAUUUGUAAUUUAAGGACAUGAAGGCCUUGUAGUUAGUAUUGCAACUUUAUGAUGUUUAAAAAAAGGAUGAAGUAUGGAAAUUUAUCUAUUUGUAGUUAAUAAAAAGGAACUGCCAUAAAUGGUUGUGGCAAACAAAACAAUGUAAAAAAUAAAACUGUGAAAUGUUUUAGUUGUCAUUUUUAGUGGAAUGAAAUGUAAGUUAAUAUAUUAUUUGUUGAAAGUAGAAAUACUUAUUUAUAUUGGUAUCACUGCUGAAGAGGUCGAGUUUGAAAUGUUCUUAUUUCUUGCCAUAUUUUGUCUACAAAAACAAGGUCUGUUUGAGAAAGUAAAACAUGGUUUAGCUAAGAUAACAUGAUCUUUCAGUUGUUUCUUUAUCUUAUUUGAAUAAAAAAGAAAAUGUAAAUUCAA